AUGGCAGGCUCAACAGUAGCUGUGAUGCGCACCGCCAAUACUCCGUCUCCCCAGAUCCUGCGAGCUGCAAAAUCAGCUGCGAGCUCGCCGCAUGCGCUCAUCAAUCUCACCCGGCUCGUCAAGUCGCUGGACGCCAAGAUACCUGCGUCGGAACCGGGUGAUAGUCCGCUCGUCGACUUGUCUGGGCUGUCCGCUGUUCAGCGGAGAAAGGACUGGGAGUGGUUGUUGUAUGCUCGGGCGGUCCUGGAUUUUCUGAGGGAUGGUAAUGAAGGGUCUUCAUCGUCGACCAAGACCAUCGCCGAGCUCACUACCAGCGUCAACGGUAUCAUCGCUCGAUACGAAGCUACGGUCGGCCCUUCUCUCGCGGGGCCUGCGCAGGCUACGUCCCCUCCCAGUCACAGUAAUGCCGAUCUAGUAUCCGCACAUGGGGCUGCUCCGACCCGAGCAAUGUCCCUAUCGAUACCACCCUCAGCGAUGGCCCCGCACGUCGAGCCCUCCUCAGCAACUCGCCGUCGACGCGCUGUCCCCUCUUUAUCCGAAUACCUUUCCAAGCGGGAACGUGAAGACGCCCGAGGCGGUGAAAUCGGCCUUCUCCCUCUCGGCGGGGACGCAAGAAGAGGAACAGGCGGACCAACCAAGUCGCAGGGGGACCAGCUGCUCGCGGGACAGCGAAGCGAGGGGGUCAUGGGCAACUCGCAAUGGCAUGAAGAGCUGGGGGGGCAGCUGGCCGAAAUGUCACACCGGCUGAAAUUGAAUGCUAUACAUUUUUCAAACUCGCUCGAGGCGGAGAAAUCUCUCUUGGAAACGUCGCAGCAGACGCUGGAAAGCAACCUCGUGGCGACUCAGGCGUCCAAGAAACAGCUUGGGACGGUCAGCAGUAAAGGGAGGGGAACGACGUGCUUGACGCUGGGAGUGAUCAUUCUGGUAUUGAUCAUUUUUGUGUGGACGUACAUGCUCAUCAGAUUCACCUAG